UCAUUUGUACUACAUUCAGUAUUGAAUAUAAUUUAAUUCAAGACACAUAAGAAUUAUAGUGUUCAUUCAAAAUGAAAGUGGAUCCACCCAAAGAACUUUUAAAACCAUUACAAGUCCCCUCCAAAAUAUUAAUGGGACCUGGACCAAGUAAUUGUUCACAACGAGUGUUACAAUCUUUAGGACAUCAAAUAAUAGGUCAUUUUCAUUCGGAAAUGUUUAAGUUAAUGGAUGACAUUAAAGCAGGAAUUCAAUAUGCAUUUCAAACAAAAAAUAAAUUGACUUUGGCAUUGAGUACAGCAGCACACGGUGGUAUGGAAGCAUGUUUGGGAAAUUUAAUCGAGUCGGGAGAAACAGUGUUGAUUGCUAAAUGUGGAAUUUGGGGUGAACGUGCCGGCAAUAUGGCAAAUCGUAUUGGUGCACAUGUUGAAUUCUUGAAAACUGAACAUGGGGUUGGUUUCGAUCUCGAUCUUUUAGAAUCUUAUUUGAAAAAAUUCAAACCUGCUGCAGUUUUUGUAGUACAUGCUGAAUCUACAACUGGUAUGAAACAACCAUUGGAAGGCAUUGGAAAUCUCGUUCAUCGAUAUAAUUCACUCCUCAUUGUCGAUUGUGUAGCGUCGUUAGGCGGUGAGCCAUUUUUUGCGGACGCUUGGGAGAUUGAUGCUGUUUAUACAUGUAGUCAAAAAGUUCUUGGAGCUCCGCCAGGUAUAACACCAAUUUCAUUCAGCCCUUUAGCAGUAAAAAAGAUUUUUGGCAGACAUACGAAAAUUUCAACAUAUUAUUGGGAUAUGACCAUCUUAGGUGAUUAUUGGAACUGUUUUGGUAAAUCAAGGAUUUAUCAUCAUACGAUAAGUGCUACACUGAUUUAUGGAUUACGUGAAGCUUUGGCUGAGUUAGCAGAGGAAGGUCUUCUUUUUCGUUGGUCUAGACACAAAUUAGUAGCUGCUAAAUUGCGAGAGGAACUUUUGAAACGAGGAUUUCAACUUUAUGUUAAAAAUCCGAAAUUUCAACUGUCUACGAUUGUAUCUAUUGAAAUACCACGUGGAAUUAAUAUGAACAUUUUAUCAACCAGAGCUAUGGAAAGAUAUGGAGUUGAAAUAAGUGGUGGACUUGGUCCAACUUUUGGCAAAAUUAUACGAAUUGGCUUGAUGGGAAAUAAUUCUACGUAUCGUCAUGUUGAUCUUCUACUUGAAGCUUUAGAUGAUGCACUCAAAUUUGCCAUAAAAUCGAAAAUAUAAGCGUGUGUAUGUUUAUAUGAGCACGUAUAUGCUUUACUCAAGUUUAACCAUGACAGGUUGAAAAUAUUAAGCUGAUGAAAAAAUGAUAUGCAGUUUUUAUUAUUUUAAAUCGAUAGCUAGUUUCUCUAGUUAUUUUGUAUCUAGUUAAAGUCAUGUAAUAUAUUAUUGUAAAAAGUGCAAUUGA